GUACGUGGGCCAAAUUGAGAAGGCGAUUGGGCCGCAUUCAGCCCACAGGCCUUAGGUUCCCUACCCCUGGUUUAAGCCAUGGGUCACCAACCUGUUUUUGGACCAAGCGGCACAUUUUGCUAGAGUGCUGUGAGUGCCAGUCACUGAGCCAGCCCUUCCUCAAAGAUCAAAGGAAAACUGCGGCUGGUUAACAACUUGGGUCAUGGCCUCUCUCUUUAAGGGUUGGCCUGUUGUUGGCAGAACUUGCUGGCGCUCCACUGCUUGCUUCACUCGUGAGGCGUCUUCCCCCAACAUGGCCCUCCAGGAGCAUGGACUUCAUUUAUUCCGCAGCGCUGUUGCCAGAGUCCUGCCAGGGCCUAUGCUGAAAAGGGCCCUGGUUUUGGAGCCAGGCGAAUGCCCAAGGCUUGUGUUGCACGGUCGGCCUUUUGAACUGAGGAGGAACUUGUAUCUGGUUGGCUUUGGGAAGGCUGUCCUGGGCAUGGCAGCUGCAGCAGAGGACAUCUUUGGAGACUACCUUGUCCGGGGAGUAAUUAGUGUUCCUCAAGGCAUCCAAGAAACUCUGCAGCACACAGGAAGGAGGGCAAUGUUGCUGAAGCCCCGGAGCCGCAUCCAAGUUAUGGAAGGAGCUAAGCACAACCUUCCUGACAGAGCAGCUCUGAAGGCAGCCAACGCUAUCCGGGAUUUGGCCGAGGGCCUGACAGCUGGGGACCUUCUCCUGGUGCUGAUCUCAGGAGGAGGGUCGGCACUUUUACCUGCGCCCAUCCCGCCAGUCACCCUGGAAGAGAAGGAAACCAUCACCAGGUUACUUGCUUCAAAGGGAGCUACCAUUCACGAGCUGAACACCAUCCGAAAGGCCCUCUCCUUGUUGAAAGGUGGGGGGCUGGCACAGGCUGCCUAUCCUGCCCAGGUAUUGAGCCUCAUCCUCUCUGAUGUCAUUGGGGAUCCUUUGGACAUCAUUGCAAGCGGCCCCACUGUUGCCAGUUCCCACGGCGCCCAGGACUGUUUUCACAUAUUGACCAGAUACAACAUGCUGGACACCUUGCCGCAGUCGGUGCAGACCGUGCUGUCUGGCUCUGCCACGGGGCAUAACACUCCCAAAGACUAUUCCCACGUCUUCAACGUUGUCAUUGGCUCGAACAGGUUAGCUUUGGAGGAAGCCCGGGGCCAGGCAGAGGAGCUGGGUUACUUGACCCUGGUUCUGAGUGACACGGUGUGUGGGGAGGUCGGCACAGUGGCUCGUCUCUACAGCCUGUUGAUUCAGCUCAUUUGCCUGAGCACUGCAAGAGGUGCCCAGACUGACCUUUUGAAAGGCAAGGUGGAAGCAGCACUCUCUGGCCUGGAAGCACAGCUGGCGAUCCCGGGCUUGAACUGUACGGACGCUUUGAAAGCUUUGCAAGAAUCCCAAGCAGGAAGACCCGUUUGCCUUCUGGCCGGGGGAGAAACCACCGUGCAGCUUCGAGGAAGUGGGAAGGGGGGACGGAACCAAGAGCUGGCUCUGCGAGUGGCUUUGGAGCUGCACAGAGCCAAGUCCACGGAGGCCGGCAGCUUUCUGGAGAAAUACGAAGUCGUGUUCCUGAGUGGCGGAACUGAUGGGCAAGAUGGGCCGACAGAGGCUGCCGGGGCCUUCAGCAGCCAGGAGCUGGUGCGUGAGGCUGAGCAGGAAGGCUUCAACGUGGAAACUUUUCUGAGCAAUAAUGAUUCAUACACAUUCUUCACCGAGUUCCAAAGAGGGCGCCACCUUUUGAUGACGGGCCUGACAGGCACAAAUGUCAUGGACGUUCAUGCUGUUUUAAUCAGAGCUAGAGGUGGUUAGCGAUGCACCAGACAUUCAGAUUCUUCUUACUGCAAAGGAAGAACUAUGGGCAAGUCUAGGCUGCAUGAAGCAGGGAGCCUUGCUGCCCAGACUGUCAGUGUCAGAUUCCAAAGGUUGCAAUUAGACACAUGGUAGAUGUUUCCAAGGCAAAAAAUAAUCAUAAUCCUGGAUAUUAAGGUUGCAUUAGCACCUCCUGGUUUAAGACUACUAACAUAAUUUUUUUUCUCCUGAUAGGUUUUUUUAAAAAGUAUCUUUUAAUUGAUUUUUUAAAAGAGGACGAAUGCUUUAAUUGGAUAAAUGCACUCUGUGUGGAGCGUCUCUUGCAUUUGAUCCAGAAGCUACAGUUAGUGAAGGACACUGCAGCACAGUUGCUGGCAGUAGUGAGACCUUGCCAUAGGAUUCUGCAGAUACUCCACACUCCCAUCCCAGCCACCACGGAAGGGUCUGCUGCUGUUUCUCUUCUGCCACCGGUGCUCUGAUGGAGAGGCCAGAAAAGGGAGCAUUCUGGGACUGGGGUUGGGAAAGGCUUUGGAGCUGCCCUCCCAUUCCCCUGACUCACUCCCAGAACAGGAGAAAAAAAUACACCAGCUCUGUAGUACUUCCAUUAGGAACACUCCCCACUCCAAAAAAGACCGACUGAAAGAAGAGGGGAGCAGAAAAAGGAUCACUGUAUCAGAUCUGUCUUCUGUUUCAUGUAUGUACAGUGGUACCUCGGGUUACAUACGCUUCAGGUUACAGACGCUUCAGGUUACAGACUCCGCUAACCCAGAAAUAAUACCUUGGG